UAUUAUCAUUACUUCUUGUGCCAUAUAGGCCGCUUGGAGUAAAGACUGACUUCAUGUUGUAUCAGUGGGGCUGUUUUUUUCGCCUCCUGUUUGUGAGCUGAGACGUCUGGGGCUGCUUUGUACUUUGGCCCCGCCUAUCAGCUACGUCAUUAAUUCAGAGUCGGCUCACACCUGAGUUAAACUUUUGAGACAGUAGCCUACAGGACGCUACGGUGGUAAAUCUAAAUCGAUUUGCUCUGAGUUACCGUGGAAUAAUUGAAAGUCUGUGGAGGCCGACAUUUUUAGUAGAAGAUGAAGUACGUUCCUAUGUUUGUGGUUUUUGUGCCUGUCCUGGUCCUUCUCCUCAAAUCCACCACAGCAUACCCACAGGCUGGUCUUAAGGUGGGAAACAGCAGAGCACGGCGGCAGGCCAAGUGCCCGGCAGAUCAGUACGAACACGGCAACCUCUGUUGUUUGAAUUGUAAAGCUGGCACAUAUGUGAAAUCACCCUGCAGUGUAGAUGGAGAGAGGGGGCAGUGUGAGGAGUGUGACUACGAUACAUACGCCAAGCAUGACAACGGACUGAAGUUCUGCUUCAAGUGCACACGGUGUCGCCCAGAUCAGGAAAUUGUAAGCUCAUGCACUCACACUGAAGAUACUAAAUGUCAGUGCAAACCAGGGAGAUUUUGUGAUCCUAACCAAGCAUGUGAGGUGUGCUUGAAGUGUUCACGGUGUGCAGAGGACGAAGAGAAAGUGAGAAACUGCACAUCAACCACCAACACGGAGUGCAAGAAGAUCCAGAACAAAUCUGGCUCUGAUCCAGGUAUCACUGUGGUGGUGGUUGUGGUGGUGCUGUGUGUCCUCGCUGCCAUAACAUUUGCUGGGAUAUUUUUCUACAAGAAGAGACGUAAAACAGGCUCUCGGAGAAAUCGGUCUGACAGGAGCAAAGCAGAACAGCAAUACACUGCCAUCCAGACUCCUGAGGAUAAGGACACUCAAAGACCAACCAGCACAAAUCUAAUCCUGUCCCAGCAUCUGGUGAGAGUUAAAUCCUCCAACAUUGCUGAGGAUGAGCGUCAAAUUCUCAAUCCAAGCCUCAACAGCUCAGCCAGUAACUCCCAGCACAGCCUAACAGACGCGCUCACACCUGCCCCCCAAGCCAGCCCUGUGGUCCCAGAGCAGCUUCACAGGAGGGAAGAGGUGCCACUUCCCAUGCUUGUUCCUGUGAAUGGUGAAGAGUCUCUCAGGAAGUGCUUUGAAUAUUUUGAAGAACUAGAUGUGAACUAUCAGAAGAGGUUUUUCCGUCAGCUUGAAAUUAGUGACAAUGUCAUCAAAAGCAAAGAGAACCUUCCCUAUGAAGACAGGAUCCAUGAACUGCUGCAUAUUUGGGUGGAGAAAGAAGGUAAAGGAGCGAGCUUAAAUGACCUGCUGCAGGCUUUGAAUACCCUGAACCAAAGGCGAACUGCUGAGACGAUCCACCAGAAGGCUGUGGACAGUGGUCACUUCCUGCCUUUGUGGGGGGGGGACUGUGUAAUUGUCUCAAACUAGUAGUGGUCAGAAUAGGAACAAAACAAACUUGGACACCUCAAGUGUGUAUGUUGUUGAAGCUGCUGCUGUUUCAGUAAGCGCAUCUUACUAGACUGUAGCGUGAGCUCUUAAGGUAAACAUGCCUGCUUGAACUAACUUAUUCCAAACUGACGGAAUUCAGUCGUUUUUCUUAUCUGACUGUGAGCCAUGUAUUCCUGUCAGCUCCAUAGAGUGUUAAGUAUUUCAUUAGUGCCUGUAAAAAUAUUUUUUUGCUGAUCCCAAACCUCAUUAAAGGUUGUUUCAGCGAAAGUUAUGUUCAGACAUUUAUUGUAAUCUAACAGUGUCCUGAAGAGUCGAUGUAUGUUUCAGUUUGGUUCUGUAACUACUCCUUAGCAAUUCAACAGACUGUCAAAUGACCAAUGGAGUUAAUGAAUGUAUGUAAGUUAUUACAGUGGAGGGUAUUUUAUUAUAUUUAAAGAGGGCUUCCUUGACUGUAUUAUUUACCUGUUGAUCCAGUGUUGUCGUGAUUGUGGUUAACAGAAGCACAAAUUUUAAUAUAUUAAGAUAAAUCUUGUUUCUGUUGUACUUCUGUUUUGUUACAUUUCCUUCUAUAAUCUUGAUCAGCAUCAUGGACGUUUACCAAACCUAGUUUUCUAUGUGCUGCACUGAAACAUUGAGUCUUGCCAGAGCUGUGUUGAAGCCUGAAAGUGAAGUGAGAAUUGUGUACUUUUCUACCUUGUUAUAGAUGUACUCUACAGUGUUUGUUACUACUUCCAAACUUUAUUUGCUCUUUUUGUUUAUAAUUUAUAAAUGUGGAUGAAUUAAACUCAUUCAUUCAUAUUUGUACUUUUUUGUUGUUGUAUUCAAGUGUGUAUUAGAUAAACUAGUACAAAAUCACUCUACUUCCCAAUAAGAGAUAAGGAAAAGAAAGAAAUCAGUGUUUGGAUAGAGAGUUUGUAUAAAGUGUAACGGUGACUCAUUUGUGAUAUGACUCGUUAAACCAGACAGCCACCUCUGUUACAAACAAUACUUUUGUUUCACAGAAUUUUUCUAGUAAGCAGUGACAGCCAGAUAAUCAGGAUUCAGUUUUCAUGCCAUACCUGUGUCAGUCUUUGCCAAGAUUUAGUCUAAUAUUACUCAUUAUUAUGAUUGACUUCAAGAUCACUUGAUUAUAUCUUUUGUCUUAGUCAUACCGGACAUGUCCUGUAUUAUAUGCCUGAGCUCUGUACUACAAAGCAAGUUCACUAGAGCCGGUGUCAUCUUUGCAUAUCUAGAUUCACUUGCAGUCAUCCUAAUUGCUAGGGUAACACUGGUUAUCAGUGAUAACCCAGGGUUUUCAAUACACGUUCAUGUAAAGGGGUGGUGUUGGCAGCAUUUGGCAAUGACAAAUACAGAUGAAUGUACUUCACAAAGGAUGGUAAAGCUAUAAUACAAACAUAAGAGGUUACACAUGAUUGCAGAAUGACAGCAACACAGUUGCUACAGACAAGACGUCACUCUGUGUGAGAGGAAAAUCCCUGAAUAAAUGUGGUCUUGCUUUAA